AUGAUGAUCUCUCCCGACGGCUCAGACGAUGAUGAUCACUCCUCGUCUGUCUCUCUCUCGACGGCUCACCUCGAUGAUGAAUCACUUCAUCUCUCUCUCCGGCCCGGAGGUCUCCUCGACAAAAGAAAAGGUCAUAUGGACAGAUCAAGAGACGAAGGUUCCUCAAACAAGAUGACUACAAUUGCAAUACAGACCCCCACUGAAGAUGUAGUGCUCAUCAGCUCGUGGUUAAACACGAGCAAAGACCCCGUGAUAGGGAAUGAGAAAAGUUCGGUUGCGUUCUGGAAAAGAAUUGCUGCGUACUUCUCGGCUAGUCCCAAGAUUUAUCCCGGUGAGAGAAGAGAAGCAUCACACUGCAAGCAACGGUGGCACAAGAUGAAUGACUUGGUCUGCAAGUUUUGCGGAGCAUAUGAAGCAGCAACAAGAGAAAAAAGUUGUGGGCAAAAUGAGAAUGAUGUUCUCAAACUAGCCCACGAAAUCUUCUUCACCAAUCAUAAAAAGAAGUUCACGCUUGAGCAUGCUUGGAAGGAGCUGAGAAAUGACCAAAAGUGGUGUGAGCUUUCUUCGAGUAAAAAUGAAGGAAGCUCCAAAAGGAGGAAGUUUGAGGACGGUUCACACUCAGCAUGCUCUGAAGCAAAUGAAACAGACAGUGGUAUAGCUUAUGAAGGAACCACUCGUCCCACCUGUGUAAAAGCAGCAAAAGCCCGUGGGAAGAAACCGAUGGGUGUUGCCAAGGACAUGUCUCAAUUUCAGACUAUGUGGACCAUCAAGCAGCAAGACUUGGCUGCUCUCAAGGAAAAGAUCUCGAAGAUGAGGCUACUAGACAGUCUGAUUGCAAAACAAGAUCCCCUAGCUGACUGA